UAGCCACUGUAAAUUUGCAAUUAAGGAGGUAUUUAUAAAGCUACAAGUAUCCGCAAUGAUCCCCUUACAAAAAUGCCAAUUAAAGUAAAAGUCUGAUAAAUUAAAAAUAAUUAAUUUCUGCACCAGAAACUGGUUUUUGAUAAUUUUUGAAUAUUAGCAUAAUCCUCGGUUAUGCCAUAACCCAAAGUUAAGAACAUUUUUAAAUAUGUUGUCUUAAAAAAAUAACGAUUCGGUUUUGUGAUCUUUGCUGUUAAAUCCUAGGAAAUACAAAUUCGAAAAUAAAGUGGCAACUGCAUCCUGCGGUCAAUGCGAAGCCCUUACAUUUUUUAAUCGACUGGAUAAUUAGAACGUUUAGAACUAAUUUUGAUUAAAUCAUAGGCUAAAAGCUUUAGUUAUAUUUUUUAAUUUAAAUUGAGUACUUCUAGACCGAGCAAGAUAAAAUUCUACGAAACGAAGAACAGAAAAUGAUAAAUCUUCAACAUUAUUAAGGCAAAAUUCAAUGUCACGCCGCAGGUGAACUUGAAAAUUCGCGUGGGCGAGCGAAUCGGAAGCGGCAGGCAAAGUUGAAGGUGGCCAAAAGUUUCAAUAAAUCGAUGGCAGCGUUAAACGUUGCCAUGGCAACUAAAAGUCCUUUGCAGGGCCAAACAUGUCAGAAAUAUCGCCGUAAACAAAAUAAAGCUGAUGCCAUUUGAGUAGUAAAAUGGGAAUGUUGCACAAUUUGGCCGACUUCAUAAAGAUUAAGAAGGACAAAAUGACGAUUCUGGUGCUGGGACUGAACAACAGCGGAAAGUCCUCGAUAAUCAAUCACUUCAAAAAAUCCAGCGAACAGACUUCCAUCGUGGUGCCCACAGUUGGCUUUAUGGUGGAGCAGUUCUACAGCAUGUCUGGUGUUUCCAUAAAGGCGAUUGACAUGUCCGGAGCCACUCGAUACAGGAACCUCUGGGAGCACCAGUUUAAGAACUGUCAUGGAAUAAUAUACGUCAUCGAUUCCAGCGAUCGCAUGAGAUUCGUGGUGGUCAAGGAUGAGCUGGACCUUGUGCUUCAGCAUCCCGACUUGAGCAACCGUAUUGUGCCAAUUCUGUUCUACGGAAAUAAGAUGGACAUGGAGGACUCCCUGUCCAGUGUUAAAAUUGCAGCAGCACUCAGGUUGGAAAACAUCAAGGAGAAGCCCUGGCACAUUUGCUCCAGCAGUGCCGUUUCCGGCGAAGGGCUUGGCGAGGGUGUCCAGUGGCUCAUCCAGCAAAUGCGAUUCGCCAUGUUAAACAACAAAAACGCCGCCAAAGCCAGGUCCAAGCACUCCAAGUAGUUUUAGGUAUCGCCCACUUUUCUUGAUGUUCAAUAAAAGGCAAUGUUUUUUGAAAAA